AUCUCUCUUUUUUUUACAGGUUAUAAUUACUCGCAUCACAUUCUACCUCAGUCUGAACCAGUAGUGGAUACUUACUCGCCACCUCAAAUACACCAAGAUUCUGAUCUAACAAAACGGAUGGCUGCUCUGGAAGGCUGGGCGGUGAAUGUAGACACCAAACUGAAUAGCUUCGAUCGGAAAUUGUCUAAAUUUGAUAAUUUCGAAGCCCACAUAGAACAGUAUUCUCUGAAGCAUUUACAGCAGAAUUUCAUACAUAUUUUGACUGAUGGGAAUGAUGAAGCGUUAGCUGCGAAAUUGAAGGUGUACUUUGAUAAAUAUUAUUUAAGUAAUGAACAGAUGGAGGCGAUGAGUAGAGAGAUACACGAGCGUUUGAUUAGUUCUUGGCAACCGGAUAUUGAUGAGGAUAAGAUAAGGACGGUAGUGCAGGAUUAUUUAGCGGCGUUUGAGAAGCAACAGACUGUGUUAGUGUUGAAGAGAGUUAGAGAGUAUGUGAAAGAGGUGGAAGUGCGCGGAGGGGGAGGGGCGUUCGAUCCGGAGGCGGUGAAGAAGAUUGUGGCGGGCAUGUUGGAGAUUUACGACGCUGACAAAACUGGACUGGUGGAUUACGCGUUGGAAUCGGCCGGUGGUCAGGUGAUAUCGACUCGCUGCACGGAGUUGUACCAGAUAAAGACUAAGCAGUAUUCGGUACUGGGCAUGCCCGUGUGGUGGGUGUACACGUCGCCGCGGUACGCGCUCACGCCUGGGGCCAUGCCAGCGGAGUGCUGGGCCUUCCAGGGCUUCCCGGGCUAUCUGGUGAUCCGAACCUAUGCUAUUAUCGAAGUGACUGGCUUCUCAUUAGAGCACAUGUCGCGACUGUUAGCAGUAGACGGUAAAAUCGAGUCAGCGCCCAAAAAUUUCUCUGUUUAUGGUUUGCACGGUGAAAUGGACCCGGAGCCGCAUUUGUUCGGUGACUACAUGUACGAUGCGAACGGCACCUCUAUACAAUAUUUUCCAGUGAAAUAUCCAAAGACAACUAACAUCGGCGGUGUAGAUUACCCCGUCGCUUACGACACUGUAGAGCUCAGGGUCGAGAGCAAUCAUGGCAACCCCACCUACACAUGCGUAUAUAGAUUUCGAGUGCAUGGCAACCCUUUGUCCGACAUUCGGCGGGCUACCGAAGAUAGUAUCAUGGACAGUGAGACGUAA